CCGGGGAGCCGUGGGCUCGGCUGACAGUCCUCUCGCGGCUCGGUGUCCCUGCGGAGGUCGUCCCUGGGCCCGAGGAGGAGGACGGGUGAUCCGAGGGAGUGAGCGACGCUUCAGUCCCCACGUGCAAGGAUGAACUGUCGCUCGGAGGUGCUGGAGGUGUCGGUGGAAGGGAGGCAGGUGGAGGAGGCCAUGCUGGCUGGGCUGCACACCGUGCUCCUGCACCGCAGCACGGGCAAGGUCCACUACAAGAAGGAAGGCACCUACUCCAUCGGCACCAUGGGCAUCCAGGAUGUUGACUGCGACUGCAUUGACUUCACGUACGUGCGCGUCUCUUCUGAGGAGCUGGACCGGGCCCUGCGCAAAGCUGUUGGGGAAUUCAAGGAUGCACUGCGGAACUCAGGUGGUGAUGGGCUGUGCCAGAUGUCCCUGGAGUUCUAUCAGAAGAAGAAGUCUCCUUGGCAGUUCUCAGAUGAGUGCUUUCCCUGGGAGGUGUGGACAGUCAAGGUGCAUGUGGUGGCCCUGGCCACAGAACAGGAAGGGCAGAUAUGCCGGGAGAAGGUGGGCGAGAAGCUCUGUGAGAAGAUCAUCAACAUCGUGGAGGUGAUGAACCGGCACGAGUGCCUACCCAAGAUGCCCACGCAGUCUGAAGUGGACAACGUGUUUGACACAGGCUUGCGGGAUGUGCAGCCCUCCCUCUACAAGAUCUCCUUUCAGAUCACCGUAGCCCUGGGAGCCUCCGUCACCACCACCGUGCGCAGGCUUAUCAAAGACACCCUUGCCCUGUAGGCCUUGCUGGAGCCUCGGGAGCUCUUGGAUGGCUCCCAGAUCUCGGCUUC